GUGUGCUUUAGUCUAACAAAAUUUAGAUGCAAACCCGACCGAGAAUUAUGAGCCCAAAAACGCCCGACAAAAAUUUUUUGCCUCUUUCUCUACCAUUCGCCCACCUCGCCUGAAACCGGCCACCUUCAACGCCCAGCAGGAAAGACUUUCGGCGCCUGAUUCACAAUGGCUUCUAGCUCAGAGAGCGAUGAUGAGGAGAUCGUUUUGUCCUCGGACGCUCUCGAUGCACUGAAUGCCUUCUACGCCGAACGUGAUGCCCGCGCAAAACAGCUCGCUGAGCUCGAGCAAGAGGCGGAGCAGCGCCGCUUGGAGAGUGUCGCUUUGUCUAUGGAUACUUUCACUGAAGAUUGGAACGAAUCCCAGUUUUGGUACUCGGAAGAAACAGCGAACCAGUUCGCCCAUUACUUGCUCGAUGGCUGUACCGCUGAGACUACGCUCGCUAUUGUGUCGGCACCAAGUGUCUUUGUGGCGCUAAGAAACAUUCUGAGCACUACUCCCUCAGAUGAGCCAAAACCAAAGCUAGUGUUGCUUGAGCAUGAUAAUCGCUUCGCCAUCUUCCCGGAAUUCGUGUUCUACGACUUUGCGCAGCCGUUCAAGUUACCACCGCACUUGAAGGGCACCGUUGAUUGCGUCAUUACAGACCCGCCAUUCUUGAGUGAGGAUUGCCAGACAAAGACCGCCCUCACUGUACGUUGGCUCCUAAAGACAGAGCCUACCACGCCAGCAAAGGCCACAGCGGUCAGUGGCAGCCAGGCUGGUAAUAGCCCAGCCAAGUUAAUUCCCCACCCUCGAAUAAUCGUUUGCACGGGAGAGAGGAUGGAAGGGCUUAUCACGAAGUUAUACCGAGCCUACGGAGUUCGGACCACCGACUUCGAGCCAAAGCACGCUCGCGGACUGAGCAACGAAUUCUACUGCUACGCAAAUUUUGAGUCUGAGCUCUGGAAAUGGAGGGGAGAGAAGGCCGUGGCCGUAGCAGGAGACCCAGAUGUGAAGGAGAGAGUCAAGCCUGCCACUGACUCAUGAAAACCCCCCGAGUCGGGUCUAGAAUAUCACGUAGACAGAUGAAGAUAACGACUUUCUCAUUAACAAGAUAUUUGCCGUGGGCACAAGCGGGAAUGGGUCACACCUAGCGCAAAGGACAAGGACUCUCACGAUUAUGCGGAUCCAACAUGUACUUGUACAAAUCGAAACUCCCGUCGUCUAUUCCUUGUUGAUAUUGUAUAUUUUCCCGCCGACAGGGACAUGCUUUGUCUAUGGAAUGAUGUAUCUGAACCGAUACCUCAACCCGCUUCAGCCCUGUUAUGCGCGUUCAUGAUGAUCUGGGUUGCAAUAUUCCCAAUACCUCAUAUGCCGUGGCUUUACUCUGUGACCAAACCUUGGCUAUAGAUGACAUGCUUUCAAGGAGAACAUGCGCAUGCUUAUCAUCCCACCACAGGGCCCUUUGAUAAUCCGCCGCCGGAACCAGGUCAUGCAUUCUAUGCAAGUGAUCUGAUUAUGUAGAAGAGUAAGUAUGCCCG